AUGGCAAUCCGCCCUGUAUACAGGCCGACAAUCGUCAAAAAGAGGACGAAAAGGUUUAUCCGCCAUCAAUCGGAUCGCUAUGACAAACUUAAGCGUAACUGGCGUAAACCCAGAGGUAUUGACAACAGGGUGCGCAGGCGUUUCAAGGGCCAGUACUUGAUGCCCAACAUUGGUUACGGAUCAAAUAAGAAGACCCGUCAUAUGCUACCCAAUGGUUUCCGUAAGGUCCUUGUACACAAUGUCCGUGAGCUGGAGAUCCUGAUGAUGCAGAACAGGAAGUACUGCGCAGAGAUCGCCCACGGAGUCUCCUCAAAGAAGCGCAAGACCAUUGUAGAGCGCGCCCAACAGCUCAGCAUCAGGGUCACCAAUUCUGCAGCCCGCCUUCGCAGCCAGGAGAACGAAUAA